AUGAUUAACCUUAGAUUUCUUUGGAUAACUACGAAUCAAAAGUAUUUACCAACGGGUGGAAUAGGCUGCUUGAAGUCUCUUCGAUUUUUGUUCAUUGACGGGUGUGAUAAUCUAGAAUAUUUGUUUGAAGACAUGCAAGGCCUCAAAAUGCUUCGAAGAUUGAUCAUCGAUUGUUGUGAAAGCUUGAUAUCUUUGCCACAAAGUAUUAAAUGCCUAAUGGCAUUAGAAACUCUUUGUAUUCAAGAAUGUGAAAACCUUGAUUUGGCAAUGGAGGAAGGAGAAGACAAUCAAUUCCCAACUCAAUUCAGCCUCCAAAAACUAGAGUUAAGAAACUUGCCAAAAUUAGUGGAGUUUCCACAAUGGCGUAUUCGAGGAUCUACCAACAGUUUAAAAGUUAUGAAAGUUAAAGGCUGUAGAAACCUCAGAGAAUUACCAGAAUGCCUACAAAACAUGGCAUCACUUCAAGAGGUUCAAAUCAAAAAUUGUCCUCAGCUAAACAACGAUCCCAUACGAAAAGCAGACCCUAACACUCGGUGGUUGGGUAUUAAGGCCACUGUUUCCCUAAUUAAUUUAGAGGCGUUUGAAAAUAGGGAGAACCACAAGGAUUCAAUUGCAAUGACACGUGAACAGAAGCCUCUAACAGAACAAUUGGUUGAUUCAAAUCCACUAGCCAUGGUUCCAUGGCAAGCUCAUGGGCUGGCCCUGCACUCAACUGGACCUUCUAAAUGUCUCAAAGUGCCUAGGCUUCUCAAGCAAUCGCCUAAGUGCAAAUUGCUUGGUGAUUUAGUUGGCUCUUCCCCAAAGUUUCUUAGGGGAGAGCAAAAGGAAGAUGACAUUUUGGCUGCUUUAAGAUUGAGCUAUGAACACUUGCCAUCUUACUUGAAAAGUUGCUUUGCAUAUUGUUCAAUUUUUCCCAAGGAUAAUAUAAUGGAUGAUAUUGAAUUGGUUUAUUUAUGGAUGGCAAAUGGACUUGUUCAAUCUUCCAAUGAGAAUCAAGAGUUAGAAGAUAUUGGCUUACGCUAUUUUAAAGAGUUGUGUUCUAGAUGGUUUGAAGUGCUGCCAACAAGUAUAGGUGAUUUGAAGCAUUUGAAAUAUCUUAGUUUAGUUGGUAAUUAUUUAAUUAGAAGACUCCCUAAUUCCAUAUGUAAGCUGCAAAGCUUGCAAGUUCUAUUACUAACUGGACGUUGGAGUCUUGAAGAGUUGCCCAAAGAUAUAAAGUGCGAUAAUAUAGAAUAUUUGUUUGAAGACAUACAAGGCCUCAAAAUGCUUCGAAGAUUGAUAGUCCGUUGUUGUAGAUGCUUGAAAUCUUUGCCACAAAGUAUCAAAUGCCUAACGGCGUUAGAAACUCUUUGUAUUAAUGAAUGUGAAAACCUUGAUUUGACAAUGGAGGAAGGAGAAGAGAAUCAAUACCCAACUCAAUUCAAACUCCAAAAACUAGAGUUAGGAUUCUUGCCACAAUUAGUGGAGUUUCCAGAAUGGCUUGUUCGAGGAUCUACCAACAGUUUAAAAGUCGUGAAAGUUGAAGGCUGUAGAAACCUCAGAGAAUUACCAGAAUGCAUACAGAACAUGGCAUCACUUCAAGAGCUUCAAAUCGAAUGUUGUCCUCAGCUAAAAAACGAUCCAUACGAAAAGCAAGUGAGAAUUAAUAUAUAA